AUGGAAGAGUCUGGGUCCCUGCCCACAGGCUUCGGGGAGCUGGAAGUGCUGGCUGUGGGGACGUUGCUGCUGGUGGAAGCUCUCACUGGUCUCAGCCUCAAUAGCCUGACCAUCCUCUCUUUCUGCAAGACCCCGGAGCUGCGGACUCCCAGGCACCUGCUGGUGCUGAGCUUGGCUCUGGCAGACAGUGGGAUCAGCCUGAAUGCCCUCGUUGCGGCCACAUCCAGCCUCCUACGUGUCUCCCACAGGCGCUGGCCUUAUGGCUCCAAUGGCUGCCAGGCCCAUGGCUUCCAGGGCUUUGUGACAGCUCUGGCCAGCAUCUGCAGCAGCGCGGCCAUUGCCUGGGGGCGUUACCACCACUACUGCACUCGCAGCCAGCUGGCAUGGAACACGGCUCUCUCCGUGGUGCUCUGUGUGUGGCUGUCUUCUGCCUUCUGGGCAGCACUGCCCCUCCUGGGCUGGGGCCACUAUGACUAUGAGCCGCUGGGGACGUGCUGUAUGCUGGACUACUCCAGGGGAGACAGAAACUUCACCAGCUUCCUCUUCACCCUGGCCUCCUUCAACUUCCUCGCACCCCUUUUCAUCACAGUCACCUCCUAUCGGCUCAUGGAGCAGAAGCUCAGGAAGGCUGGCCGUCUCCAGGUGAACACCACUCUUCCAGCCAGGACACUGCUGCUUGGUUGGGGCCCCUAUGCUCUCCUGUAUCUGUACGCAGCCAUCGCGGAUGUGACCUCCAUCUCCCCCAGGCUGCAGAUGGUGCCUGCCCUCAUUGCCAAAACAGUGCCCACAGUCAACGCCAUCAACUACGGCCUGGGCAGUGGGAUGGUGCACAGGGGGAUCUGGCAGUGCCUCUCGCCACCGAGAAGCCAGUGGGACCGAACCUCGUGAACCUUUCUGUGGGGCUGCUCACCCUGAGCCCCAUGCUAGGAGGCUGUCCUGGGAGUCCUGCCAAGCUCCAGACACUUAUUCACCUUUCCCAAUGGCCUUGUUGAGCCUGGCCCUAGCCUAAAUACAGGGGAUUCAGAGAGAAAACAGAUUGUGUGGAAGGAGCUGGCCAUAGUCCUCCCCACAGAAGCUGAGAAACCUUGAGAAAGUCACUCUCUCUGAGCUGAGCUUCCUGACCCCCAAUACAAGGAUAUUAAU